GUGCUCAAGCCGUCCAAGGCCGGGCCGUCAACGUCGGCAGCGGCGCGUGCGCGCGCCGGGCUGGCUGGGCCGCGGAUCGGCCGCUGGCCAGAGGACAUUGUCACGCGCAUUGUCGGCUUUCUGCCCGUCCACGCCAUCCCGAAUGUCGCGCGGGGGUCGCGCGCACUCGCGCGCGUCGUGCGCGACGAGGGGACGUGGAGGGCGCGAUGUGCCGUUCUUGGCAUCACCGACGUGGACAAGGAGCCAGCGCCGGCAGCCGCAGCAGCACCGCAUGCGAGAAAACCAAGCAACGCGUCCCCGUCUACCGCGCCGAGAGCAAGCUUCACCAAGCCCCGGACAAGCUUGAGCAAGGCGCGGCCUAGCUUUUCGUCGCCUAAAAUCGGCACGAGCGCGAUCGACGACGACUUUGGCGACUUUGGAGAAGGCAACGACACGUUUGAGGACGUCGAGUUUGGCGACUUUGCGGCCGUGUCGCCGUCCAAGACGAGCAACAUGCCCCAGCCGUUCAGCUUCUCGUCGCCUGCAAAAGGAGAAAAGAGCCUGCUCGACUUUGACGACGUGCCCCUCCCGUCUCGGCCAGCUGCGGGCGCCCGCACGACGGGCUUCUUCGCGCUCGCGCCGUCGGCCGGACCGGCUGCGCCCAGCACUGCCCCUGGGGCAUGGUACAACACGUACAAGCGCAAGCAUCUCGAGCUGGUGCCCCUGUGCCUCCACCUGCGGAGCUCGCCCAGCCCGAGCGCGACGCUGUCGCUCCUCUUCCCGCCCGAUGCGAAGACUGCGCUCCCGCCGAGCUUGGAAGCGCAGGGGGAGCUGCUGCUCGUGCUGUUGAGGUUCCUCUCCGCCCGCCUGCAGCCCCUGCCAGACUGGGGGUUCCUCCGCCAGUCGCUCCUCGCCGCGGCGGACCGCUUCGACUCGACAUGCCUGGUUGCAUUCGAGACUGCCGACAGCCGAAAGGACGAGGCGGGUAUGCACACUGCCGCCGAGGCCAGCUGGCGCGUGUGGGAUGCUGGAGGAGGCGAGCGGAGCGAGUGGGAAUGUGGCCGCGUGUGGAUCGAGAAACGCGAGGUCUUCUACGACACGGCCAAGUGGGACGCAUCGGAGAAUAUCAUCAAGGUGCCCGAUCCAACUGGGACUGCGCUCGUCAAGCAGCUCGACUUCACGCCCAUGGACGCGUUCAUGAGCCAUGUGCUCGAGUCGUUCCGCAUCGACGCCGAGACGGCAGUGCGCGUGUUCCCCGCCGGCGCGCGGGUCGUGCACUCGUUUGCCGAGCGGCUCGCGGACGAGGUUAUUGGCGAGUACAUUCAGACUCUGCUUGGCCAGACGCGCAUCAUGUCGCCAGACUUGUUUCUGCGCGCCACUGCCGCGUCAUUCAUCCAGGCGUGGAAGCUUGUCGACGUGUCAGCAGAGGUGCUCGGCGACAAGCAGACGGAAACGACACCCAAGAUGAUUGAAAACGUCGUCUACCACAUGUUCGAAACGCACAUGGACGAGUACCUCGACGAGGAGACGGAAUGGGUCAAGACGGCGCUUGACGGCAUCUGCAACGCGUGGGACGCCGAGCUUGGAACGACGACACGGACAAAGAAGACGCAGAACGGGUCGGCACAACCACAGUUCUUGACAGCGUCCAACCCGGACCAGGUCAAGCGCAACGUGCUCGCUGGGUUCCGCGAUGUGCUCCUGUUGCCCGUGACCAUUGUGCCCCGUGCCGUGACGUUCGGCGUAACGGCCAUCGCAGCUGGUGGCACGCAGGCGGUGUCAGGCCUGUCGAUGCUCAACCCGCAAAAGUGGGCGGCGUCGACAUCGUCCACGACCGCAGAGAAGAUCGGCACAAAGGGCAAGGUUGUGAACGGUGAAGCCAUCUUCGAUGUCUCCGUCCCCGGGCCAGAUGACGACGAGAAGGCGGAAGACCGGGACGAGAUUGACGAGCUGAGCGAGAAGACGGGCUCGGCACUCACCGUGCCACUGCCGGCGUCGACUGCCCCGUCGAACGGCGCGACGCCAGAACCCGGAGCAAAGGACGACUUUGACCGCCUCCAGCUGCUCGUGUCCCUCGAUACCGCCCUCGAGCUCAUCCACGGCGACCGCGAGAGCUUGAAGCGCACCGAGACGUUUGGCAAGUACCCCGCCAAAACGGGCACCAAGGUCCGCGAGGCGAUUGAGGAGAUCUUCAUCCUGCUGUUAAAGGCCGUCGGAGACAGACAUAUCGCACCUGGCUUUAGGAUUGCCACACAACAAAUGCUCACGUACAAGCCGGCCGACCACGCGCAGUCCAACUCUGUCGCGCCGCUGCUACAGUUCUUUGAGCUCGUGCAUGUCGGUGACACAAUCCAGAGCAUGGUCCAGGUCUACUUUGACAAGGAGGUGGCGCAGUACGUCGACAAGACCGACUUCUUGAAUCCUGUCAUGCGGGAGAAGAAGCGGUUUGAGAGUGUCUUGGACGAUGCUGUGGCUGCGGGCUUGAACGCCGGUAUUGAGGUCCUCAUGAACCAAGUCGAACAUAUCAUCGUCGUCAAGACUGGCCCGAGAGAAUACUACCCCGAGCCAGGAGUACCCAUGGAGCUCGGCCCCACCCUCGGCUGCAGAGAAGCCAUCAAAUCCCUCGAGAUGCAUUGCAACCUGCUCAAGGGCAGCACGACAAAGGAAGUCCUCGAAGUGUUCUACCAGGAGGUCGGUAUCCGUCUGCAAGCCAUCCUCCAGCGGCACCUCAAGCGCCAGAUCAUCUCCCUCGAGGGCGGGUUCCAGAUUAUCGCCGACCUGAACGCGUACCACGCCUUUGUGGCCUCGCUCAAGCAGCAGCGCAUCACCGACGACUUUGCAAACCUCAAGAUGCUGGGGCACGUGUAUAUCGUGUCGGACGCCAAGGACCUGGCGCAGAUUGUGCGCGACGUCACUCGCUACGGCGGCACGUUUACCCCCGAGGACAUCUACGAGUUUAUCCAGAGACGCAGCGACUGGAAGAAGAUUGAGAAGACUGUAGACAAAGCCAUGUACGCCUUGUCUGUGCGUGAAGACUGUGUCAUCAUGUAGAGGGAUACCCAGCAUGUGUGUUUUGCGUGUGUUUGUUAUGCAUAGGAGUGCGGGAGG